AUGGCGGCGAAUUUGUUGGAAGACAGUUUGCGAUCGCUUCACAAUCUUCAUCAAGACGCGGGUGGCCGUGCCAAAGAACAAAUUGACACUGUUGUUGGCGACAUCGUACAGAUAUGCUUAAACGAAUUAUCUGAAAAGGAUGUCGACUAUUGCUGCUCUGUGCUGUUUGACAAGGAAAUUGGAGUGGUCAAGUUUUUGCAGAAAGUCAUCACUGCUGAAGAGGGAUGCAAGGCACAGCUACUAGACUUGCUGGCAGGCUUUACAGAGAAAGUAGGGAAGAAGAUCCUUUAUUAUGCUGUGGAUAUCAAGUUAAAGAAUGCAGCAAUACCUGUUCUUAUCAAGCUCCUGGAGGUUAGUGCAGGGUCAGCCAUGGGGGACCAGCUGAAGGUCAACAAGCUCACUGAGAAGCUCUUCAUGGAGCUAACCAAGAGCGCCAGUAAACUACAGGCAUCAGUGAAGGCAAAUGUCUACCAGCUGCUGGGAGUAAUAUCUGAGGUGUAUCCGGAACUGAUGGCAGACUACUCGGAGAGGCUGGUCGGGCUGUAUGUGAAUGCCCUGAAAGCUGAGAUGGAGUCAAAGACCCGCAAACCAGAAUUACCAGUUAUAGCUGGGUGUUUGGAAGGACUGACAGCCUAUCUUGUUAACUUCACACAGUCAGCAGAGGGAAGAUCAAAACACAGCUAUGCAAUCUUCAAAUAUGCCCGUAUGGCUAUUGACCCUGGGAUCAGUUUCUCCAGAUAUGAUGUACCUCGAGGUGGUCUCCGACUGUUUGGUAAACACUGUGGGCAGUUCAACCAGUUCAUCAUGGACGACUACCAGGGGAUGUAUGAGAAGUUUCUCAGCUGGAACCGGCACCACAAUCGAGAACUGGCACAUCUCGGCAUGAUGGCCAUGGAGUCUUUCCUCAAACAGGUCUCUAUCUGAAUACUGUACAGUUCUUGGGAGAUGUUAGUUGUCCGUGCCCAGGAAGGGAAGAAAGAGGGAGCUGUGUUCAAGUUUUUCAUCCAGCAGUUCCGUAACAUCAUGAAUGAUAACAAGUCAAGCUCCAAGCAAGUGUCCCUGGCUAUCAGGGGAUACGGCUUGUUGGCUGCACCAUGUCGUUCCUUCCUGUCUCCGUCUGAUGUUCAGUUCAUGUUCAGCGAGAUGAUCAGCAAGUGUGAACAGCAGUUCCUUGGACAAGUGGAGGAUCUGGAGGACAGGAUUGUCUCCCUUCCCAGCUACCUGGAGGCCCUGGCUUACAUAGUGAAGGAGGUGGACCAGGUGUCGGACACCUAUGCUGCCACCCUAGAACACCUGCUGGUCCUACUGCUGGAGAACUUCCCACAAGUGCAUCCUAAGCUUCGCUUCAUCUGCCAGAAGUCCAUGCUGCAGGUUUUACUGGCUCUCAUGGCGAAAGGAACAACUUUCCAGAAGGUUCUUUCAGGCAUGGUAUAUCAAGGCCUCAUCCGUACCUGCUCCCAUCCAGUCAGUUUGGACACUGAGCAGACGGAGGAGCAAACGCCAGAUGUAGCGGAGAAGAAAGUGUCAUACAAGGACUACAUUGAGCUGUGGCAGACUCUGCUGAACAGUGCCAGAAUCAAGGCCUUUGCAAGUGAGGACAUCAGCAUUGCUGACCGUCACCGGCUGACUGAGGCCAUGUAUGAUGAACUGAUGACCUCCACAAUAAAGAUCCUCAACAAACUCGACCUGUCAUCAGCUGCCGAGAAGGUGGAAGGGUCAUUACCAGAAGACGCAGUAGAGACAUCUGCAGAUCCAACAUCUGGAGUCCAGGCCAACAGACCCCGGGACUUCCAGGUCCUCAUCAACCUGGUGGACUUCUGCAGAGACCUGCUGCCUGUGUGCCACUACGAGCUGUUUGAAAGAUGGCUGUUCACCUUCUGCCACUCUGUCAUACUUCUCUCCACUCAGAAUCCUCUGUGUCUGGCUUCUACAAGAUGCUGGCCGCUGCAAUGAAGAUUGGGAACAAACUAGACUAUUUCAAGAAUGUGGCUCCAGUGUCUCCG